AUGUCAUAUAGACCUGAACACUCGGCUCCGCCGGAAAUUUACUAUGGAGACGAAGAGGCCAGAAGAUAUACAACAAACACCCAUAUUCGCACAAUUCAGGUAGAAAUGUGCGAAAGAGCGCUGGAAAUGCUCCUGCUCUCAAAGGAUGAGACAAACUUUAUACUCGAUAUUGGCUGUGGAAGUGGAAUUAGUGGUAACGUACUGGCAGAUAACAACAAUUUCUGGGUGGGAGUCGACAUCAGUCAGUCCAUGUUGAACGAGGCUUUGGUCAAUGGAUGCAACUCAGAGGGAGAUUUGAUCCUCUGCGACAUUGGGAACAAAAUGGGUUUUAGAAACCAUACCUUCGAUGGCGCAAUUAGCAUCAGUGCUUUGCAGUGGCUCUGCGUAGCAAACAAGAGCUCUGAAGAUCCAUUCAAGCGACUACUGACAUUCUUCAAGUGGCUGUACAUGUGCCUAAACUUCAACGCGAGAGCAGCCAUUCAAUUUUAUCCAGAGAAUGAACAUCAGCUCGAGAUGAUACUGAGCGCGGCUUCUAAAUGCAGUUUUGGUGGAGGACUUGUCGUUGACUUUCCAAACUCUACAAAGGCCAAAAAGUACUACCUUUGCAUAUGGCCAGGGGUAACUGGGCUUCCUCAGCACCUUCCACAGGCUUUGGUGGAUGAAGAAGAGGAGGAAGAACAUGUAAGUGUACUUAAGGAUGCAAGGAGAAAGAAAAAGGGCAAGAAGAUGAGCGUUAGGGAAAGGAUCAUACACAAGAAGGAACAACAACGGAGACGGGGAAUCGAAACAAGACCUGAUACUCGUUAUACCGGCCGCAGAAGACCAACACGUUUCUAA